AUGUCUCAACAAGAAGCCGCCUUGGCCACCUUCACGGACACGUACACGGCGACUACGCGACUGACGGUCAGGCCGGCCUCGCCCAGAGGGCCAGUCGGUAGGAGAAACAAAAGUGGACUGAUUGACGAGACCGACAGCAAGACAACCACGAAAGGUGACUCGGAAAGUAAUAGCUCGGACACGAGGAGUGUGGUCGUCGAGGUACGGUUUUCCGGGCCGCAGCCGGCAGAUCGGCCCGCGUUGCUCUUGCGCAGUCUCCUCAAGGGGGAGUCGGUGGUAGUGCACCCGGUUUCUUUGCGGCGUGGUCGACAGCCGAAGUCGAUGAAAGCGGCGGCUAAGGGGGACGAGAGAAGCUGCAUUUUCGCCAACGUCAACAGGAGCCCAGGUGUAAAUUUCAUGAUUGUUUGUUUUGUUUCCCUUCCCCCCUUUCUCUCGGGGCUAGUGGUGUUGGUCACGUUGUGCAACAGGCUUCGCUUCCUCACAAGAGCCGAAGCGACUCGCACGGCCUGGUGUUUGCUUUCAAGUCGAUCUGUGAUUCACCGUGUUUCCGACCUCAAGGGAAUAUAUACAGUCGCGAGAGGCAGAAACAAAAUGAGGUGUUUCUGUUCGGAUCUCCUUGCAGAUACGCCGGACGCAAUGCUGAGAAAGCGGUCCGCGUCGAAAGCGAAUCUGCCUAGCCCUAACGAUCCCAGGGACGAAGGGGGCGCCGGCCAGGGGAGGGCCGAAGAUCAGGGCUUGCUGUCGGAUGAGGAUAAUGACUCGGACGACGGUUUAGGCAACCCGUUCAAAGGGCGCGGCAUCCUCUUCCAAGCGUGGAGUAGGUGCAUGGAUCUCUCGAGGUGGGUCCCUGCCAACGAGACAAAUGGUGGCAAAGGAGUCGCGGAGGAGGACCGCGAAAGUCGUGGCGGGCCUAGUGCUCUCAAGAGCAGCACCGUCACCAUCGACCAGGGGCAUGCCGCCGACGAAGCCGAAUCCGGGUGGAACCUAAAAAUGGGAAACGAUGCGAGAGACGAAUUGGCAAGCUUGUGGGAGGGGGGAGGGAGCAACAACCUCUCGCCCCUCAUCGUAGCGCCACCUCGGUCUCCUUUCCGUCGACGAGCUUCGGACACCGCCCUUGAACGCGUCGCUGGUCCGGCGCUGACCAAAGCGGCCGUUUCGCCGCUGACGGUUCAGGCGCCUCCGACGGCACGUCGCACACGAUCUGCGGAAGGUUUGAAGGGUUCGACGUCCGAAAGCGAUCUCAGACUAUUGCUCCCCAAUAGGAACCGGCCAGAACAGACCCAUCGAGCUCCUUGGAGCGGGCGUGAUAAGGACCACGACAUAGCGAUGAAGUUUGAUAUAGGCGAGGGAGGGGUACGGAGUGACGCCUCGGCGGCACCGAGGGGAUAUGGCAACGGAUUAGGCGAUAAAGGGGCAGCCGUUGCAGCCUCCGCAAGGGAAACGGGCGAGCGGGAGAAGGGUCCAUCGGAACGAAGAGCGGAGAGUGCGAUCAACGUGAUAACGGUGGAGUCUCUACGGGAGGUGAGGACGUCGAGGCGAAAACAGGAGUUCGACUUCGACGGCCGUUCGUACCAGCCAGACAAUCUGGCGAAGGACUCCCCUUUCGCCUCAGUCUUUUCCGUGCCCUGCAGCGACGAGGAGCAGUACCUCGCGUUCACGGGUCUGGGACACACGGGGCAACCGUUACGGAUGCUGACUGCUAGGGUCCAGUUCUCGGUCAACUCUGAACACACAGCGGAAAGCGUGGCCGGGGGUAACGGGCGUGUGUACGGUGCAUUGCGGUAUCCGAGCAUGAGCGAGCUCUGGCCGGAGAUUUGCAGGACGUCGGCCGUUCGUGUUGUGCAGGUGGAGGACGCGUGA